GAGCCUCGCCAGGAGCCUCGCCAGGAGCCUCGCCAGGAGCCUCGCCAGGAGCCUCGCCAGGAGCCUCGCCAGGAGCCUCGCCAGGAGCCUCGCCAGGAGCCUCGCCAGGAGCCUCGCCAGGAGCCUCGCCAGGAGCCUCGCCAGGAGCCUCGCCAGGAGCCUCGCCAGGAGCCACGCCAGGAGCCUCGCCAGGAGCCUCGCCAGGAACCUCGCCAGGAACCUCGCCAGGAGCCUCGCCAGGAGCCUCGCCAGGAGCCUCGCCAGGAGCCUCGCCAGGAGCCUCGCCAGGAGCCUCCACUCAUGUUACACCAGGUAACCUCGCCAGGAGCCUCGCCAGGAGCCUCGCCAGGAGCCUCGCCAGGAGCCUCGCCAGGAGCCUCGCCAGGAGCCUCGCCAGGAGCCUCGCCAGGAGCCUCGCCAGGAGCCUCGCCAGGAGCCUCGCCAGGAGCCUCGCCAGGAGCCUCGCCAGGAGCCUCGCCAGGAGCCACGCCAGGAGUCUCGCCAGGAGCCUCGCCAGGAACCUCGCCAGGAACCUCGAUAGGAGCCUCGCCAGGAGCCUCGCCAGGAGCCUCGCCAGGAUCCUCGCCAGGAGCCUCCACUCAUGUUACACCAGGUAACCUCGACAGGAGCCUCGCCAGGAGCCUCGCCAGGAGCCUCGCCAGGAGCCUCGCCAGGAACCUCGCCAGGAGCCUCGCCAGGAGCCUCGCCAGGAGCCUCGCCAGGAACCUCGCCAGGAACCUCGCCAGGAGCCUCGCCAGGAGCCUCGCCAGGAGCCUCGCCAGGAGCCUCGCCAGGAGCCUCGCCAGGAGCCUCGCCAGGAGCCUCGCCAGGAGCCUCAUAGACAGCCGAGUGCAUUAUAUAAAUUAA